UUUCCCAGGGUUAUGAAAGAUUCAAAAACUCACUGGGCUGAUUUGUUUUCAAAAUGGGGCAGGAAACUGCCUGGUCUGUCUGAGCAAGAAACUGAAAAAUUCCAGAUGGCUAUCAAAGAUGGGAACUUCUCAAAAGCCAUUUCUGUGGUGAAGAAGUCUGAUGAAUUGCUAAGAAAUACCAAACUCAACAUCGCCAUCACAGGAGACACAGGCUCUGGGAAGUCGUCUUUCAUCAAUGCAAUAAGAAGCCUGAAUGAUAGUGACAGUGGGGCAGCUGAGACUGGGCCGACAGAAACAACAAAAAGGCCAACUGCUUAUCCCCAUCCCAUUCACCCGAAUGUGAUUGUGUGGGACCUUCCUGGGAUCGGAACAAAAAAUUAUCCAACAGAAACAUAUGUAGAAGAAAUGAGCCUUGAUCAAUAUGAUUUUUUCAUCAUCAUCGCAGCCGGGCGUUUCACAGAAGCUGAUAACCACCUUGCCAAAGAAAUAAAAAAGAUGGGAAAGAAGUUUUACUUUGUCCGCAGCAAGGUAGAUGUGGACUUGGAUAAUGAACGAAGAAGAAGUCAUGAUUUUAAAGAGGAGAAAACUCUACACAUGAUCAGAAGUGACUGCAUCAAGCAGCUACAAGAAGCAGACAUCAUCUCCCCACAGGUUUUCCUGGUGUCGAGAUGGGACUUUGAGAAGUACGAUUCUCCCCAACUGCAGGAGACUUUGGCGAAUGAACUCGACACUCACAGGAGACACGUUCUCAUCUGUGCCCUGCCCAGAACCUCUGAAAAAAUCUUGAAAGAGAAACAGAAGGCCCUGCAGGAACAGAUCUGGAAACAAGCCCUGAAGUCGUGCGCUCUCGCUGCUGUUCCUCUCCCAUUUCUCUCCGUUAAGUGUGAUGUCAACAUCUUGGUGGAGAACAUGAGGGAGUAUUGCAAGUCCUUUGGCCUGGUGGAUGAUUCCCUCCAAUCACUUGCUAAGCAGGUUAAGAAGUCUGUUGCUGAGCUGAAGUCUGUGAUAAAGUCCCCUCUGGCCAAAGAUAUAACAAAAGAAGAGGCUUUGAAGCGGCUCAGAGAGGCUACAGGGGAACAUAUGAUGACAGUUAAAUAUUUUAUCAGUGUGGUACCACUGAUUGGCACUGGGAUAGCAGCAGAGAAAUCUUACAGUGUCACCUUUGAAGUGCUACAUGCGUUUUUGGAUGAAGUUUCAGAAGAUGCUCAACGAAUCCUGAAAAAGGCUUUGGAGGGAGCAGAGAAUAACCAAUAACAGUGUCGCAAGGCAGAGCUUCUCCCCAGCUUCCCAGGAUAAACUGCCACAGCCACGGUCUCCUUUCCGCAGUUUGAUUGUCCCAAACAUAAACAAACCAAGAAACAAAACCAUUUCUCAGGUCACCCUUCCAUUGCCUCUAGUCUGAGGGGUCUCUGGCAGUCCUGCUGCUCCUGCUUCCUGGCUCUCUUUCAGCCAGUCCCCGUUCAGCAGAUCUCUCUAGGGUCUGUGCACUCUGGGAACUAAGCCUGGCUCUGACUCAGGUUCGAGCCUCAGCCCCGCUUCCUUGCACACCCAAAUCAGUCAGACUUGGUCAGUGAGCACUCAGGAGCGGGUCCUAGGAUAUUGCUAGCGGGUGGGUCAGAGCCUGAGUCCUCUGAAACUCAGGUCUAAGCUCUGUCAUUCUGCAGUCUGGAUGCAACUCAUGCUGCAGACCCCAAUCAUAAGGUCUGCGUAGUGCAGUGUGGACAUGCUAGCAUAGCCCUGAGGCCUGGUCCAGCAUUUGUAAACCCAGGUUGAUCGCUCAAGUGCAGGCUUGGAAACACGGAGUCCAGAAGCUCAGAUCCCACAGACCUAGGUUUACCAUGCAAUGUAGACAUGCCCUCUCAGACCUGUAUCGCACCAGGAGCUGCCCCACCACCUUAAUUAGCCCAAUUGGGAGCUCCCAGCUCUUCGAAAGGAGGAUUAACGACAUCAGUGGAUGACGUAGGAAAAUGCUACAGCUGCAGUACUGGAACACCCAGAGUGCAGACAUGGCCUACGGGUCUGUCUGCACUACAGAGACAAUAUAUCAGCAUAGCUACAUCACCAUAGCUAUGUCGGCGUAGAAACGUAGAUGCAGCCCGUGCACAGGGAAAGGGUUUUUCCUUCGCUGUAGGACACCAGUUCCCUGAGUGAUGGUUUCUUCCAUCGCCACAGAUGUGUCUACACUGGGGCUCAGUCGGCAGACCUAUGUUGAUCGGGGGGUGCUAGAUCUGGGACGAGUCUGCCAGUUUCUAACUCUGAGGCAUCUAAACCACUCCUGGGGCCAGAUCUCUCCUUUGGUGUCCUUCCUUUGGAGGUGGGUGCUGCCGGCCACCUGCCCUAGACUCCAGAGCCAGUGUUGUGACCUCCAGAGCGCCCCAAGCUACUUGUCGGUAACCAGUAAAUUACCAUUUACCCAGCCUCUCCGAAGGGGUUGGCUAAAGUUUCUGUUCUCUGGCUGCAGUGCUGAAACCAGAGGCUGUUAUUAACCCUGUAACGAAGCUUUACCCUGAGCAGGGUUUGGAAGCGUCUGGCUGCUAAACCUGUAUCAGAGGCUUAAUACUCACUGAGAAAAUCACCUCUGCAAUUGACAACCUUGAGCUGCGGGUUGAGCUACUGCUGAUGCGUUUAAUCCCUGAUUUGCUUGAUUGAUGCGGAGUUUAGAUUUGCCUGGGUGUUCGGGAACCACCGACCCUGCUCAGACUGACCCGAGGUGCUGGGUUUGUAAUCACAGGGUGUUUCGGGCUGUCAUGAGAAUUAGUUCGUGUGAUGCUACAUAUCAACCUGUCGCUGUUGAUUUGCUCAAUGUUUCAUACUCGGUAACCAAUGUGGAUUCAAUCUCACCGCUCCAUGUACUCGCUGCUUGUGAUCUGAUCGUCAUUCCAAACCUCGGAGAAGUGCAUU